GUCUAAAGAAAAAGAAAGAAAAAGGAGAAAGUCUCAUUGGACCACCACUCACCACCACUCACCACCUCUCUCUUUCUCCUCUUCUUCCUCCUAUCUUCUCCUGCUCUUCCCCUCUGAGCAUCCCAUCAUCGAUUCUCUUAUCAGUUGGAUAUUGAUAUAAAUAUGAUCAAGGACUUCUGCUUUUGACAUUUCUCGUGGUUGUUUCUCCAAAAACAUCUAAGAAGCUUUGCUAAUAAUUGAUAGAAUCAAAUGGGUGUCUGCUUUUCCACCAUCAAAGUCAGUGGUUCUAGCAGCAAUAACAACACUACUGCCAGCGCUGGCCACCACUACCACCGCAAGGAAAGAACUGAUACGACUCAAUCGACGACCACGAAUAAACAAUCGUCGGAUCAAAAGAAUAAUAAGGAUGACAACAAUAGUACUAACAAUGGGACUCCCGAGAGUAGACAACUGCAAACAAAGCCGAAGCAGCAACAGCGACAACAGCAGCAGCAGCAGCAGCAGCAUAAGGUGAAAGAGAAGCAGACUUCCAGGCGACAAAGUGGGGUGAUCCCAUGUGGUAAACGCACGGAUUUUGGCUAUGCCAAGGAUUUUGAUAGGCGAUAUAUGACCGGAAAACUAUUGGGCCAUGGCCAAUUUGGGUACACCUAUGUUGCCACUGAUAAAGCUAGUGGAGAUCGCGUUGCCGUCAAGAGGAUUGAGAAAAAUAAGAUGGUUCUUCCUAUUGCUGUUGAGGAUGUGAAGAGAGAGGUCAAGAUAUUACGGGAACUUGCUGGCCAUGAGAAUGUAGUUCAGUUUUAUGACGCAUUCGAGGAUGAUUCUUAUGUAUAUAUAGUAAUGGAGUUAUGUGAGGGUGGUGAACUGCUGGAUCGCAUACUGGCAAAGAAGGAUAGUCGUUAUACUGAGAAAGAUGCAGCAGUAGUUGUACGACAGAUGCUCAAAGUUGCAGCUGAGUGUCAUUUACAUGGUUUGGUACACCGUGACAUGAAACCGGAGAAUUUUCUUUUCAAGUCAACCAAGGUGGACUCACCUCUGAAGGCCACAGAUUUUGGCCUGUCAGACUUCAUAAAACCAGGCAAGAAGUUUAAAGAUAUUGUUGGCAGUGCCUACUAUGUAGCCCCUGAAGUAUUAAAGCGCAGGUCUGGACCUGAAUCAGAUGUCUGGAGUAUUGGUGUUAUUACAUACAUUUUGCUAUGUGGGCGCCGUCCUUUUUGGGAUAAAACUGAGGAUGGUAUAUUUAAGGAGGUCUUGAGGAAUAAACCUGAUUUUCGCCGCAAACCAUGGCCAAGCAUAAGUAAUAGUGCUAAAGAUUUUGUAAAGAAGUUACUGGUGAAGGAUCCUCGGGUCCGACUUACUGCUGCUCAGGCCCUAUCUCAUCCAUGGGUCAGAGAAGGAGGGGAUGCAUCCGAAAUACCCAUUGACAUAUCUGUUCUCAGUAACAUGCGGCAAUUUGUGAAGUACAGUCGUUUGAAACAGUUUGCUCUAAGGGCAUUGGCUGGCACACUUGAUGAUGGGGAGCUUGCUGAUCUUCGGGAUCAAUUUGAUGCAAUUGAUGUCGAUAGAAAUGGUUCUAUUAGUCUUGAAGAGAUGAGACAGGCACUUGCUAAAGACCUUCCUUGGAAGUUGAAAGACUCCCGAGUCCUGGAGAUUCUUCAAGCGAUUGACAGCAAUACAGAUGGACUUGUUGAUUUCUCCGAGUUUGUUGCUGCUGCUCUACAUGUGCAUCAACUAGAGGAACACAAUUCUGAGAAAUGGCAUAUGCGUUCGCAAUCUGCUUUUGAGAAAUUUGAUCUUGAUAAAGAUGGUUUUAUAACACCAGAAGAACUGAGAAUGCACACGGGCUUAAAAGGUUCCAUUGACCCACUUCUUGAGGAGGCUGAUAUUGAUAAAGAUGGUAAAAUAAGCCUUUCGGAAUUCCGUAGAUUGCUGAGAACAGCAAGUAUUAGUUCCCAAAAUUUACCAAGCCCAUCUGCCCAUCGAAAUUCCUGGAAAAUUUAGAGCAGAAAUGGAGUUUUGGAAGAUUGAGAAAAAUGUGAGGAUAACAAACCGACUUGAAGAUUACAGAGAGUUGUAGAGGGAGUACUCUGCACCAUUGGUUUCCAUUUACCUCUGGUGAAUCGUCAGUUUCCAGUGGUCCACAAAGGUUUAUGUUGAAGAGGAGGUAUUUUAUUAGUGGAGAGGUGUUGGUUCUCUAUAGAGGAUGGCUCUGCGUGUGGUGGUCAACUUUUGUACAUUCUUUUGGAGGAUUGGGACUUCCUUUGUUGUGCCCUACGAACUUUAAUAUCUAACCGCAAAUAAAAUUCCAAGGAAAGGUUGGUGUUUUAGGAAGCUGUUGUGCUUAGUGUCUGUGAAAAUCAUGAACUUUCGAUCUGUAUUUCCCCUUUUUUUUUCACAAGAAAAAUGCUAAAAAAAAUGCUACUCUACCGAUCA